UUAGGAUCGAAUUCAGCUCAUUCUUCAGGUAUUAUUCUCAUUCGUUUCGCAUCUUUUUCAUCACUCACUCUUCUUCUUCUUCUUCUAUUCUAACAUUGCUUCCACUUCAUCAUCACCACCAUUUCUAUCACUAUUAUUACAGGGUCAAGUUAGGGAUUGAACAUCAUGGAUCGACUACAAUCUUCUGCGCGGCUCAUGAUUGUUUCGGAUCUCGAUCACACAAUGGUUGAUCACCAUGACACAGAGAAUAGUUCCCUUUUGAGGUUCAAUGCCCUUUGGGAAGCUUCUUAUCGACAUGAUUCUUUGUUGGUGUUUUCAACUGGAAGAUCGCCUACACUGUACAAACAACUGAGGAAAGAGAAGCCUAUGAUAACUCCGGAUAUAACUAUCAUGUCUGUUGGAACUGAGAUUACUUAUGGGAAAUCGAUGGUUCCUGAUGAUGGGUGGGUUCAGGUUUUGAACCAGAAAUGGGACAAGAACAUAGUCAUUGAGGAAGCAAGCAAGUUUCCCGAACUUACUCCUCAGGCAGAAACAGAACAACGGGCACACAAGGUUAGCUUUUAUGUAAAGAAAGACAAGGCUAAGCAAGUGACAGAGGCUCUUUCUAAGAUUUUGGAACAGCGUGGGUUGGAUGUUAAAAUAAUAUAUAGUGGAGGAGUUGAUUUGGAUAUAUUAGCACAAGGUGCUGGCAAAGGUCAAGCUCUUGCCUAUUUGCUUAAAAAGUUUGAGACCGAGGGAAAGCUACCUGGUAAUACUCUUGUUUGUGGUGACUCCGGAAAUGAUGCCGAGCUAUUCAGCAUUCCAGGAGUUUAUGGUGUCAUGGUGAGCAACGCCCAAGAGGAAUUGUUGCAGUGGCAUGCAGAAAAUGCAAAAGAUAACCCUAAGAUUCUGCAUGCAUCAGAGCGCUGUGCUUCUGGGAUUAUACAAGCCAUAGGUCAUUUUAAAUUGGGCCCAAACCUGUCCCCAAGAGAUGUUUCAGACAUUGUACGUGAACAAAAUGAUGAAAAUGCAUCUCCGGGACAUGAAAUAGUGAGGUUUUCUAUAUUAAAUGAAAAGUGGAGGCGUGCAGAAAUUGAGAACUCAGAGCUGCUUAUUGCCGGUCUACAGGCAGCCACUCAUCCAUCUGCUGUUUUUAUCCACCCUUCUGGUGCUGACCAUAAUAUUAAGGAGUAUAUAAAUAUUUGGAGAAAGUUGUAUGGUGACAAAAAGGGGAAACAGUUUAGGACAUGGGUGGACAAUGUAUUGGCUACACAGAUAAGUUCAGAUACAUGGCUAGUGAAAUUUGAUAAAUGGGAGUUAAACGGUGAAGAGCGGCAUGGAUGUGUGAUAUCUUCCAUUCUAAGAAAGGAUACCAAUUGGUUCACGUUGAUGCAUGUGCACCAGACGUGGUUGGAGCAAUCUGGCCAAAAUGAAUGGAUAUUUUAAACCGUUCCUAGGGCUUAUCCAAGUUCUGUCUUGUGAUCCCUUUUGCAAUAAAUGUAAUGUAAGCCAUGACAAACCAAUUUCUGCAUUUGAAUAUUAUGAAGACCUUCCUUCAUGUGAAGGUGACUCAUGAGUCAUGCAUAUGUAUUUUAAAUUUACUGUUAAUUUUCUGGUUGCGUCGCUUUCUUGAUAAUCAAUUUCUUAAUAUCUCGGCUUGAGAUA